AUGGGUAUAACACGCGAGAUGCUGCGUCAAAUACCGCAUCAAGCUGCCAGUCGCAUGCAGAAAUUGUUUUGUUGCAAACGCGGAACACCAUCGUCGGACACGUUGCAUGUAGCAGCCGAUGAGAGCGCACCGAAUCGAAGUUUAAAUACGACGAUUAACGAUGAUGCGAAUAGAAACAGUAAUAUUGCGAUCACAGACCAAGGUCCGGUGCGUGCACGGGCUCAAGAUCAGAACCAAAGUCCACGCACUGUAAACGCUUAA